UUUCCUCAUUCUCUGUGGAGAACACUGAAGGUGCCUUCACGUGUGUCGUCCUGGUAACGUCACAACCUAAUCUACGAACAUGAAGUUUGUACUUGGCUUGGUCCUUCUUGCUGUUGGCGCGCACGCCAUGACCAUCGUGACCGUCAGUACCCCUGAACCGAAGGUUGAGGCUAGUGUGGGGGGUUCCGCGGAACUCAAGUGCGAGUUUGACAUCCAACCCAACUCUACACAGCCUCCUACUAUCGCCUGGUUCAAGGGCAAUGACGACUUCCGCGGUGCCGAGCGGAUCUACACGGGACACAAGGUGUGGGGGAACGAGACGCAACGACGGGAGGACAGCUUCGGGGACUACAUCGGGCGGGUGGAGGUGGCGGAUCUGGACAAACCCGCCAUCAAGAUCAGCGGCAUCAAGAGUACCGACUUCGCGCGCUACUGGUGUACUGUAGCGGAGUGGGGUGUGCGGACGGAGUUCGGAGUGGACGCCAAGUCAGUUCUGCUGACUGAAACUGGGCAUUCCGAAGCCUCCAUUGACAUUUCCGUUUCCGGUGAGAAGGACGUGGAUGAAGGUGGUGACGUAGAGAUGACGUGUCGUUGCCAUGGCUGCACUUCUGCCGCGAUAUUCGACUGGUUCAAGGGCCCGGCGUUUGCCGGAAGUGAGUGGGUGACAACCGGAAACUACACUCAUAUCGCAGCCAAGGUCGACGUUGGCGUUUUGGGAUUUCCAAACCCGAUAGAGAUUGACGAUGGAUUUGGCCAGUUCAGCGUGACACCAUCCAAUUCCCUCCGUCUGACCGGGGCGCAGGUAGCCGACGCAGGAAGGUACUGGUGUAAGGUGACAAGCGGUGGGAGCGUGGACAUCAAGGCAACCGUGCUGAAGGUCAAAGUGCCGGAGUUCACCUGUGCCGGUAAGGCUGACGGGCACUACCCUGACCCGGAGGACUGCGCCAUGUACUACCAGUGUCUGUACGGCUUCCCUCAGCCCUUCCACCGCCCGUGUGGGUACGCCGGCAUGGUCUUCAACCCCGAGCACCUGUACUGCGACUGGGCCUUCAACGUGGGACCGCCAUGCGGGAGCAAGGCUUAGACCAACGACCCUCCCUUCACCUCUGAUGAACACUGACGUCAUCAAUGGUUGACGUCCCAUAUGGCUGACGUCACUAACCACAGAAACAAACGUCAUCUUCCCAGUCAUUCAGAAACAACAAUGACGUUUUGAUGAGCUUCUGCUUUAGAUGCAUUUAGACGAACUCGCUUGCUACGAUGACAACUCGUUGUGGCUACAUUCAAAUAAACUUCCAUAAUGCCAUAA